AUGACGCCUCACGUCCCGGAUCAGCCAGUCAAGAAACAAACCAAGUGGUCUUCGGAAGAGGAUGCCCUCAUCAUUGAGCUGCGGGGCAAGAACAUGAAGUGGGAGGACGUUUCGAAGCGGCUUCCUGGACGCAGCGCCAUCAGCUGCCGACUUCACUACCAGAACUAUCUUGAGAGACGGAGUGAGUGGGAUGAGGAACGCAAGAACAAGCUUGCCCGGCUGUAUGAGAGAUUCAAAGCUGAUAUGUGGGCCAAGGUAGCUGAAGAGCUGGCGGUGCCAUGGCGGGCAGCCGAGGCCAUGCACUGGCAGCUUGGAGAGGCGGACAUGGCUCGACGUGCUGGUGUGGUUCCCUUUACUCUCGCUAAUGUCAACAACGAGGCCGGGAGCAACAGAAGCGUGGCUGGCCGAUCCCAGGCUCCGAUUCAGCCGCAAGAAACCAGCCGCGAAAUGAAACCACCGUCCCCCCCUUCCAGCUACAGCCGCAGCCAGCUGAUGCCACCCAUCGCCCCCAUGACCCCGGCGCCGCGAACUCCCCGACGAGGACAUCCACCGCCACCACCACCACCGGCUCCCGCCGCUGCUCUGCCACACCCUCUUGGUGACUACCGCCGCAGCCCCGGCCCGGGCCUGGCGCCGAUACAACCCCACCCGCCGUCUCACAUGUCGGGCCCCUUGCCGAGUGUUGCGCAAUUGACGACGGGCAUGAGUCCGUAUCGUCCGCCGAGCGGGCCGCCAACGCCCACGUCUCUGCCUGCGAUGACCACUACGCCGUUGCCCCGUUACUUGCCCCUUGAACCGGCGGUAUCGGCGGGGACAAAGCGGCGAGCGAGUCCGGACAUGACACGGCCCGACAGCGCUCACAGGCGAAGAUUACUCUGA